AGUCAGAGAUCAGUGUCUCGUGAAAAGUCGAAGAGUUCGCGCGCGUAUCACGGGUAUCAUUCUAAAUCUAACUCGGUUUCUUUCCUCUGUUUUGUCUCGUGAUUUGACAGUGGUGAAACAUUGCAUGUGACAUUUAUAACAUGUUGCUCUUUGGUUGGAUGAUUUGCAUUUUUAUUAUAGUUAAUCGGGCGGUGGCGAACAGUGGCUUUAAAAGCUACCCAACGACGGUGAAAACCUUUGAAAAUGACACUGUAGUGUUACCCUGUUACGUCGAAGAUCUCGAUAACGUGCAGACCAGAGUGAGAUGGUGGAGGGACGGCACCCUUUUGGCUGACAGCGGUGAUCCGCGACACGAAUCACCUGAAAGAGUUAGGAUGUACUCGAACAGCAGCCUGGAGGUUUCCCACGUGAGACGGAACGAUACCGGGGAAUAUGUAUGCCAGGCGUCUCGGCCAGCUCCUUGGGGACACGCUACGCAAGUACACGAAAUCGAAGUAAUGUAUUCGCCUACCGUCUAUCCAGUAUCAAGUAAACUCGAAGUGAACUUGGGAGAAGAGGUGGACAUGGCUUGUGUCGCUAAGGGCGUUCCAAUUCCUAUCGUAUCGUGGAGAAACAAGGACGGCGAGAUACCGUUUUUGUAUGAUAGAUCGCGUUUGCGAUUUCACGCCGAAAAACCCAGCGACGCCGGCCGAUAUACUUGCGUCGCGGAUAACGGCGUCGGUGAACCAGCUACGGCGACCAUAGAUCUGUACGUUAGAUACAAGCCGAAGAUCGAGAUGAUGAAGACGUGGAUGCACGCACCCCCAGGAAUACGAGUGCAGUUGAAUUGCGGGGUCACUGCUUGGCCGGAGGCGAAGGUAGAGUGGUGUUUCAACAACGAAAGCGUGAAUUACUCCUCGCGAAUAGUGAAGCACAACGCGGGCAGCGAUCACAGCUUGGUGAUAAGGAACGUCAGGACGACGGAUUACGGGUUUUACUUGUGCAGGGCUUCUAAUUCUUUAGGAAUCACUGAGGCGGCGGUCGAAUUAUCGGGUGUCGCGAACCCGGCCGUGUUUAAGAAAGCGUACAGCCUCUCGAAGACCUCGUACAAUUUCGUCUGGGAGGUCUACAGUUACAAUCCCAUUGUUCAACACGAGUUCAGAUUUCGUAAAGUUACGAAUGGGGUUCCUGGUGCAUGGCGCAAGCUGUAUAUACCCAGUGGCAGCGAUGAAAAUAGUUUCAUACAUACGUAUUCGUUUAAAUUGACCGGUUUAGAAGAAGCUACGCAUUACGAGGCGUUGAUACUGUCGAAAAAUCGUUACGGCUGGAGCAAACCGUCGGAGAUAAUACGAUUCGCUACAGAAGGCGCACCAGACAAGGACAACUACAUAACUAACGCGAUACAGGAGAACAAAAUUAUACCCGCGGUGCAACUUGCAUCGAUAUCGCAACACUCUCCUCUGGAUGCUGCUAACAGCGGAGGUUCUCUUAAUCAAGGAAAAAUCGCAACAAUGAUAUUGGUAUUAUAUGUCCUCAAUUAUCGUGGCAAUAUAUAAAACUUCAUUAUGUCGAUCGGAAAGAAGAGUUAUACUUUGGUUUUACGUGAUGAGCUGUUAUUGCAGAGGUGGGGAACGUGCGGCUUCUUUGUACGGUUUCAAAUUAUGUAUUUAUAUUUGAAUGUAUUCAAUUACUUUCAAGUAAGAAACAAAUGCAAA